AUGCUAGACAAGAAAACAAUGUCUAAAUCUAAACAGGAUCUAGACAGAGAGAAAAAUGUGAUAUAGCGUGUGGAGGAGGAUAUCAAGACCACAAUAUUCAAUGUUAUAUAUAUCCUACUCAAAGAUGAUGAGACAACCUUCUGGAGAUACUUUCUACUCAUUAUUAUUGAUUUCUUAUAAAUCCUAUAUUAUUCCUUUCAUCCAGUGGUAAUUUAAAAAUGCUUAACUCUACUCUAGAUUGAAGAAACAUGGAAAUCAGAUGAUUUGAUUAACUACAUAUAAACAUUUCUCAGCUUUUUUCAUUUCAUACCUUGGCUUAAUGAUAUCGAUUUAGUUACAUACUUGGUGAUUUUUUAUAUAUGUGUGUUCAUUGUAGCCCUUGUAAUUCUCGAUUUUUUCUACGUAACCUACAGUGAGAGCAAGAAAAAAUAUUCAUUCGCUUGGCCAAUUUAGGCUUUGAGAUCAAUCUGUUUUUUGCUUAAGACUAUUUUAUUUCUUCCAUUCUUGGAGACAUUUAUAUCAAUGCUGGUUUGCAAAAAUAUUGAUGGGAAAUCGGUACACUACAUAUUCAAUGAUUUUUAAUGCUGGUCUGGAGCUCAUAUAAUUCAUGGAGCGUUUGCUAUUUUAACGUUGGCUGUUUUUCUAUCUUUAUCAAUGAUUAUAUCGCUUACAUAUUUCAAACCAAUUGGCUCUCCAAAUGAUGCAUCGACAAAAUUAAACUCCAGAGCAUCAACAUUUGUUAUGAUUGAAAAAAUAAUUAUGGCUUUCACAUUUACUUUUCUGUUUGAGUCAUCAUACAAAUGGUUUCUCAUAGUAUUGAUAAAUGUCCUAUCUGUUAUAGCUUUUAUAAGAUUUUUAACUGAGAGUCCAUAUCAUAAUGAAAGAAUUGGGCAAAGUAUAAAUAUUAAAACUGCCAUUUUUAGUUGGGCUAACAUUACUUUGCUUAUUUGUAAAAUUCUUGAGCAUACCUCUUUCAAUGGAGGACUCUAGCUAUUUUUUCUGGGAAUCCCGUUGAUAUUCGCUUUAAUUAUAUUAAGGAAGGAUGAAAGACUUGAUAAAUUAAUGUUGAAUGUAGGGAAUUUUUUGAAAGGAGAAGAAGUCAUAGAUUAAGUAAGAUUCUUUCUAUCAUUAGUAAGUAAAAAAGAUUCAGACAAAAAUUACGAUAUCAUCCUUAAAGGCUAUGUAUUUUAACAUGAAGAUGCUUGUCCUAAUGAUUAGUGCUAAUUAAAGCAGUAUAAAUAAAGCAUACUUACAUCCUCUUUUAAUAAAAGCUAAAAAGAUAAAAAGAAGAAGCAGUAAUAAUAGUAGCAACUACAGAUGAUUUAAAAUGUGGACAAUUAAUAAUUACUGAUGUCUCAUGCUAAAAAUAUGUUCAGAAUCGGAAUUCAGAAAUUUCCUACUAACUCAUCACUUAGAAUCUCCUAUGCAUUUUUCUUGAUUGAGAAAAUGAACAAAAAGAAUGAAGCGUUAGCCGAACUUAAUAUUGCAUAGAAUCUAGAUCCACCAUUUGAUGAACAAUUCAUCAUAUAUAGAUGUAAAAAGCUAAGUGAGGAAUAUGGAGAUACUCAAGGAUCAAAUUUCAAUUAAGGUGUAGAAGAUAAGAGCAGAUAGAACAGCAAAAGUAAUUUAGAUUUGAUGAAUCGAUUCGCGUAUGAAAGCAAUUUUCGAUAACUAAGCAUACAUAUUGAGAGAUGUGCUUAGUUUCAUUUAGAAUUUUGGAAUCAAUUAAGAGAAGAAAGGCCAGAUGUUGCUAAGCUUGGAGAGUCUGGUUCUCAUAUAAAUCAAAGUAUCAACCAUGUUGAUUCAAUCUGGAAUUAACUACAAAAAUUAAACUCUAAUGUUCCCAAAGCCUUAAGACUAUAUGGAAAAUAUCUUAUUGAUAUACUUCAUGACAAAGAUGGUGGUAUUGAUCUACUCUAGAGAGCUAAAGAUGCUGCUAAUGUCAAGCAUAAUUACUACGAUGGAGGUGUCAACAUGUUAGAAGAUUUAAAUGAUAUCUAGCAAAUGUCUUCUGAUGGAACACCUUGCAUAUAUGUUUCAGGGGAUUUAGACAAAAUAGGAAUGAUAACUUAAUCUAAUGCUGGUGCAACAAGAAUAUUCGGCUAUUCAGCAUUGGAGAUUAAAAAUCAUAAUGUUGAAAAGCUAAUGCCAGAAAUGUAUGCUAAAAAUCAUUCGAAGGUGCUAGAAGAUGCUUUGAUGAAAGGACCGGAAAAUAUUCCAAAUAAGGAAAGAUUAGUAUUUGCAAGGCAUAAAAGUGGUUAUAUAUUUCCAGUGUGGCUUUAACUCAAGAUGAUCCAAAAUGUUUAAAAUGGAGUAUAAUUUGUUGCUUUAUUCAAAGUAGAUAAGAAACUAAUGUCAUCCAAUAUUGGGUUUGUCCUUCUGAACAAAGAUAAAAGAAUCUAAGGCAUUUCUUCUUCUUGCAUGAGAUUAUUGAACUUAGACAUUUCCAGAAUGAGAAGAUUAACAAGUUAAGGAUAUGACUUAAAAAAGCUAGCUCCACAAUUAUAUGAGCAUGGAGAUGACUUUUAGAAUUCAAAUAAUAAGCAAGGAGUAUAGAUAGAAUGGCUUAUUCCUAAAUUUGAAAGGAAUAAAAAUGCACCCAGAAUGGCUAAUUUUGGAACUAUUAAACCUUCUGGACGAAGAAGUAAAGAUUUGAAAUCUUAAGGAAGCAUUCUGACACCAAACAUGACUCAAACUGAGGAUUCAAGUCCAUUUAAUACCAAUGGGAGAAGCUCAAUAAAGUUUGGGCCGACCUAAAAUACUGCAAAUUUAAUAUCUCAAUCUUAUACAAUAGUUGAGCAGAGGUUUACUUUGAAUGUCUCAGUCAAUAAUAUAAUCAUGGGAGAAUUAGGAGAGAUCGGGUACUAUCUAAGAAUUGAUUCUAUUUUGAGUGAUAAAAAGAUUGAUAGCCAGGCUAUUACUCAAGGUAUAAGCCUAAAAAAAGAUUUUAAACCGAGUCAUAAUUAAAACAGAGAAAAGAUAAAGCAGCCUCUUUUCCAAUUUAGAUUUGAUUCUGAAUCUGGGAGAUUUGUUAGAGAGUUGAAAGAAAACAUUUAUUAGGAUAAUGCUUUAAAGGAUCCAAAUUUUAUUGAUGGAGCAUUUGUAACUCCAAACUAUUUGGAUUUUGAUUCAUCACCUAGAUAAGCUGAUAAUUCCUCAGAAAAGAAUAAAAAUUUAACUAAAAAAUCUAAUGAUAAGUUGGAUGUCUCAGAUGUUAAGAUUGAUAUUAAUACAUCGAAUGAUGCUUCUAAAGAUAAUCUUCCAUUAAACACAAGUGUCAUCAUAGAGUAGUAGCAGCUUUCGAAUGAAGAAUUAUACAAUAGAAGGAAAAAAUGGGCGAGAGGGAUUUAAACCUAUCGAUUGGUAAACGGUAAAUUUUUGAGUCGAGAUAAUGAUGAGGAAAGUAAAAAAGAGAAGUAAAUUGAAGAUGAGAGAAAAAAGAAGCUUUAAUAAGAGGAGACAAAUCUACUUCAACUUGAUACUUUCAAAAGUAAUAUAAAAUCUAGAAAAGCUUUGCACAUGGCUAUUAAUGAUCAAACUGUUCCACCUGCUAUAAGAAAUCUUAGAAUGACAAUGAAUCUGGUUAUUUUAUGUUUACUUGCUUUGGCUAUUACGGAAUUCACAAUUAUUACUUCAUAAUUCAAGGAUAUAAAUGAGAAUUUCAACUUGAUUUAAAAAUCAUAUGGAAGGAUAUCUGAGAUUUAAAGAGUAGCUUAUGAUGUAAGAACCUUGAUCUUAAUUAAUGAAGGCAAACUUAGAAAUCUAUAAAGAAUGUCAACAGUUCCUUCAUUCACUGAGUUUUUAAAACAAGACAUUGAAGAAGCUUUAAAUCAAAUCUAUGAUCUAUAAAACUACAUAAGCUUAUCGACCUUAAGUGUGUCGAGUUAGCAUCAGUCACUCCUUGAAGAUAAAUAAGUACCUCUAUACUACAAGGAGAGUAAUACUAGCUUUAAAAUUCUAAACUUUUCAUUGACUGAAUCAGUUCUAUAAAUUUCAUCAGCUAUAUUUACAGUUCGACAUCUGAACCUUUCUGAGUUUUAUGAAUACUAAGAAGAUGUCUAUUUUGUAACUUACAAUGUGUUCAAUGAUUUUCUUAUCAAACUGCAGUUAUCUUCCGAAUAUUACCUAGAUGAGCUUAUGAGCAGAUCAAAUGACAAAAAUAAGUUCAUUCUGAUUCUGUUUCUCUGUUCUAUUGGAUUAGUAAUUAUGUCAAUGCCUAUCUUGUUUCCAGCAGUAUCUUCGGUUAAUAAGGCUAAGGUUCAUGUGUUGUCUUUGUUUUUAGACAUUCCAAACCAUUUUAUCAUUGACAUUGGAAAUUAAUGUGAGAAUUUCUUGAAUUCAUAUCAUGAUGACCAAUAGAUGGAUGAUUUGUAGAGUGAAGAUGAUGAUAUUUAAAAGGCACAGAAUGAAAAAGAUUUAAAUUCAACAGCUAAAAGAGGCAUUCACAAAUUAGCUAAAAAUACAGCACAUACAAAUAGAAACUUCUUUAUGCAGUUUAGUUUUGGAGUAAUGGGAAUUUUGGCUUACUUUAUUGCAAUGUUUAUUCUGGCCAACAAUUAUAUCAACAACAUAGAGAUUCUUUCAGAUGAAAUGAGUGUGGCUGCUAAAUUGGAGUCUUAUUUUGCAUUUACAUAAAAUGUACAAAGAGAAAUGAUAUAUAAUAGUAAUAAAACAAUUCUUAACUAAGAUGCUUUUAACGUAUCAAGAUAGUCUCUUGGGAGUUUAUAUGCCCAGCUCUAAAGUUUCUUAAAUUAUCAUCACAAUAAUAGAGGAAAGCUAGAGGGUUCUUAUACUACUACAUUCUAUGAUAUUCUAAAAAACGAUAUAUGUUCUAACGAGUAGUUUGAUCUUUCUCUAGUCCCGGGCUAAUGUAGUUAACUAUUCUCUAAUGCUCCUAGUCAUGGACUUGGCUCGGUUAUUAUUAAGUAUUAUGAGACAUUACGAGAGACUCUAAACAAUUACAAGAUAACACGCACAAUAAAUAGCAUUCCUGCUACCCCUAUUCCGAGUAAUAUCACUAAAAUCAAUAACACUCAAACAUUAGCUAGACCAAAUAUGGCCGUUAUCUCCUCUACAAUAAACUACACUUCUACUUUUAAGAAUAAUACUGAGUUGCUUAAUUCUCAAUUCUUUGUGGAUUUAUAUCUGAUGCAGUUUCGUUUCAUUUAGGAAUCUUGUCGAAAUUUGAUUCAGCUGCUCAAAUAAGCUGUAAAUGACACCUAUCAAAAGAAUAUUGAUACUCGAAUGGCAACUUUCAUUGUCUACAUUCUUGUUAUUGCUUUAGCUUAUCUUGUUUUAUGGACUCCUUUUUUGGAGAUUAUAAUGAAGAUCCCUAAGAUCUAAGAAUACCUAAAUAAAUAAGCAAUGUUUAAUAACAAAAAGCAGUCAAGUUGA